CCUCUGACGUCCGCCGCGGCUGCCCACCUCUAGCCUCCGGGAGGGCUCCCGAGUCGCCGGACUCCCGGACCGGAGGGCUUGGGUGGGAGCAGCGCAGGACUCAGUCUCCCUCUUUGGCCCGCCGUCGUUGACAGACGGGGAAACUGAGGCCGGGACUCUCGCUGGCUCGCAAGGGCUGCGGGAGGCACGGAGAGCCCCGGGUUAUGGUACUCUGUGCCUGUGUUGUUUGCGGGGCUCCUGGUGGCUCCUCUCCCGGAAGAGCAGUCUGGCCUCGCUGAUGGCGUGUUCUGCUUUUCUCUUUCAGUUUCCCUGGUGUAGCGGGGAGGAUGGGUUGGCACUGUUGUGUAGAUGUAGUUGGAAGGUGUGCCCUGUUGAGACAGGUACCUCUCCUGCCUUUUAUUGUCACGGUCGGCGGUGGAGGAGAAUCGCGAAGUCGUGAAUGAAGAUCACGGUCUCGAGCUGAGUUCGGCUGGGUCAGCUGCCAGGCACUUUGAAUUGCUGUCUUUUUACAGUAUGGACACCAGGCUGCUAAUAACUUGCUUUGGGACUUCCAGUGAGUUCAUUUUUUGGGAUUAUUUUAUGACAGCUUUGCUACUGGUUCCUUUUUGUGAGUUGAUGUUCUGAAGUUACUGUCACAAUGAGUUCAGGCCUAUGGAGCCAAGAGAAAGUUACUUCACCCUACUGGGAAGAACGGAUUUUUUAUCUGCUUCUUCAAGAAUGCAGUGUAACAGACAAACAGACACAGAAGCUCCUGAAAGUACCCAAAGGAAGUAUAGGACAGUACAUCCAAGACCGUUCUGUGGGGCAUUCAAGAGUUCCUUCCGCAAAAGGCAAGAAAAAUCAGAUUGGAUUAAAAAUCUUAGAGCAACCGCAUGCAGUUCUAUUUGUUGAUGAAAAGGAUGUUGUAGAAAUAAAUGAAAAAUUCACAGAGUUACUGUUGGCAAUUACCAACUGUGAAGAGAGGCUCAGCCUAUUUAGAAACAGAAUCCGACUAAGUAAAGGCCUCCAGGUAGACGUGGGCAGCCCUGUGAAAGUACAGCUGCGUUCUGGGGAAGAGAAAUUUCCAGGAGUUGUACGCUUCAGAGGACCUUUAUUAGCAGAGAGGACAGUGUCGGGGAUUUUCUUUGGAGUAGAAUUGCUGGAAGAAGGUCGUGGCCAAGGUUUCACUGAUGGGGUCUAUCAAGGGAAGCAGCUUUUUCAGUGCGAUGAAGACUGUGGAGUGUUUGUUGCAUUGGACAAGCUGGAACUCAUAGAAGAUGAUGACAAUGGACUGGAAAGUGAUUUUGCAGGCCCAGGGGAUACAAUGCAGGUUGAACCUCCCCCUUUGGAAAUAAACUCCAGAGUUUCUUUGAAGGUUGGAGAAAGUAUAGAAUCUGGAACAGUAAUAUUCUGUGAUGUUUUGCCAGGAAAAGAGAGUCUAGGAUAUUUUGUUGGUGUGGACAUGGAUAACCCUAUUGGCAACUGGGAUGGAAGGUUUGAUGGAGUACAGCUUUGUAGUUUUGCAAGUGUUGAAAGUACAGUUCUUCUGCACAUCAAUGACAUCAUCCCAGAUAGCAUGACACAGGAGAGGAGACCUCCCAAACUUGCCUUUAUGUCAAGAGGUGUUGGUGACAAAGCUUCAUCUAGUCAUAAUAAACCAAAGGUUACAGGAUCUACCUCAGACCCUGGAAGUAGAAGCAGAUCUGAAUUAUUUUAUAACUUAAAUGGAUCAUCUGUUGAUUCACAACAACAAUCCAAAUCCAAAAAUCCAUGGUACAUUGAUGAAGUUGCAGAAGACCCUGCAAAGUCACUUACAGAGCUGUCUCCAGACUUUGGACAUUCAUCAUCUCCACCGCAACCUCCUUCCAUGAAUUCCUUAUCCAGCGAGAACAGAUUUCACUCUUUACCCUUCAGCCUGACAAAGAUGCCCAAUACCAAUGGCAGCAUUGCUCACAGCCCGCUUUCAUUGUCAGUGCAGUCUGUGAUGGGGGAGCUGAACAGCACACCUGUCCAGGAGAGUCCACCCUUGCCCAUCUCUUCUGGUAAUGCACACGGUCUGGAGGUGGGCUCGCUAGCUGAAGUGAAAGAGAACCCCCCGUUCUAUGGGGUUAUCCGUUGGAUUGGCCAGCCUCCAGGGCUGAGUGACGUGCUAGCUGGACUGGAACUGGAAGAUGAGUGUGCAGGCUGUACUGAUGGAACUUUCAGGGGCACGCGCUACUUCACUUGUGCCCUGAAGAAGGCGCUGUUCGUGAAACUGAAGAGCUGCAGACCCGACUCUAGGUUUGCGUCCUUGCAGCCUGUUCCUAAUCAGAUUGAAAGGUGUAAUUCUUUAGCAUUUGGAGGCUACUUAAGUGAAGUAGUAGAAGAAAAUACUCCACCAAGAAUGGAAAAGGAAGGUUUAGAGAUAAUGAUUGGAAAGAAAAAAGGCAUCCAGGGCCAUUACAAUUCUUGUUACUUAGACUCAACUUUAUUCUGCUUAUUUGCUUUUAGUUCUGCCCUGGACACUGUGUUACUUAGACCCAAAGAAAAGAAUGAUGUAGAGUAUUAUAGUGAGACUCAAGAGCUACUAAGGACAGAGAUAGUUAAUCCUCUGAGAAUAUAUGGAUAUGUGUGUGCCACAAAAAUUAUGAAACUGAGGAAAAUACUUGAAAAAGUUGAGGCUGCAUCAGGAUUUACCUCUGAAGAAAAAGAUCCUGAAGAAUUUCUAAAUAUUCUGUUUCAUGAUAUUUUAAGGGUUGAACCAUUGUUAAAAAUCAGAUCAGCAGGUCAAAAAGUUCAAGACUGUAACUUCUAUCAAAUUUUUAUGGAAAAAAAUGAGAAAGUUGGAGUUCCUACAAUUCAGCAGUUACUAGAAUGGUCUUUUAUCAACAGCAACCUGAAAUUUGCUGAGGCACCAUCAUGCUUGAUUAUCCAGAUGCCUCGGUUUGGAAAAGACUUUAAGCUAUUUAAAAAAAUUUUUCCUUCUCUGGAAUUAAAUAUAACAGAUUUGCUUGAAGACACUCCCAGGCAGUGCCGCAUCUGUGGAGGACUUGCAAUGUAUGAGUGUAGAGAGUGCUAUGAUGACCCUGACAUCUCAGCAGGGAAGAUCAAGCAGUUCUGUAAGACCUGCAGCACUCAGGUUCACCUCCAUCCCAGGAGGUUGAAUCAUACAUAUCACCCAGUAUCACUUCCCAAAGACUUGCCUGACUGGGACUGGAGACAUGGCUGCAUCCCCUGUCAGAAGAUGGAGUUAUUUGCUGUUCUCUGCAUAGAAACGAGCCACUAUGUUGCUUUUGUGAAGUAUGGGAAGGAUGACUCUGCCUGGCUCUUCUUUGACAGCAUGGCUGAUAGAGAUGGUGGUCAGAAUGGCUUCAACAUUCCACAAGUGACACCUUGCCCGGAAGUGGGAGAGUACUUGAAGAUGUCUCUGGAGGACCUGCACUCUUUGGAUUCCAGAAGGAUUCAAGGCUGUGCACGCAGACUUCUUUGUGAUGCAUACAUGUGCAUGUACCAGAGUCCAACCAUGAGCUUGUACAAAUAACAGGUCAUCUGAAAUGGGCAGAGACCGAGCACAAAGCUUAGCGCUGUGUUUUCCUCUAGCUGGCGGUUCUGUCCGGUGCCCAUUGCCGGCAAUGGGUGUCUUUUGUGAUGAUGGCCCUUCAGCAAAGGAUUCCUGUGUUUCCAAACAAAUUGCUUUUGUGUUCCUGAAGUAUUUAAUAAGAAGCAUUUUGCACUCUAGGAAGUAUGUUUGUGUUGGUUUUUUAAGAAGUCUAAAUGAAGUUAUUAAUACCUGAAACUUUAAGUUAACUGCAUUGAUGAUAUGAUAUUUUUGGAAGCAUACAAUUUUAAUUGUGACAUCUGAAACAUCUUUUAGUCCAUUGAGGAUGUAAAUAAAUAUUUCUUCUUAUGGACCAAGGAUAUGAAAUAAUUUUUCUUUUGUAGCUAUUGAUUGCCUUGAGGAAGAAAUAAUACGGCUUUAUUAAGAGUCUCCCUUUACUCCAGUUAUUGAAGGUGUGCUGAGUUUAAUUGUUAAUUUUUCCUACCUAGUGCUGAUUUCCUGCAUGUCUGUGUUUUGCCAAGUUUCUGUGUUCCUGCAGCAGUGGUCAGAACAUGCUGACAUUCCUUUCAUGCUGUUAUUUUCUAUUUGUUCUGGUUUUGAGAUAAAUGAGUGACUUUGUUAUAAAAUGUCUGUUUUUGAUGUCAUCUUGGAGGAUUAGGGUACAUAGCAAUUGGAGCAUCUCAGUCAUGGUAACAACCUUUAUCUAACAGGUUUUCUGUAGGAGCUCUUAAGUAUUUAUGGAACAAGGCACAGUGAUUUAUGAAGUGACUGGAGUGGUAAGUAGAUAAUAUAUUCUUAUAUAGGUACAUGGUCCAGAGAAAAUAAAGUUGGCUUAGAGACAUUACUAACAUUUUCCUGAAAAGAUGUAUUAGAUAUUUAAAAUUCUCAUUGCAAAUAAAUUAUUUUAUUUUUAAUUUAAGUGAACCUCUCUUAAUUUAAGUAAGACUGUGAUUUGAUUUGAUCAGAGAACCUUAUACUCACUGAUGUCACUUUUGUUUGACUUGAAAUAAUGGCAGUGAUAUCAUUGUGUAACUGGAAUGUUAGUGACAGCUUCCUCCUCCUGACUGAAGAAGUAGAAGACGGAUGUCGUCUUAGCACUGCGUGUAGUGUGUGCAUAGACCACGGUGGAUGCUCUCCGCUAGAACUAUCAAGUAUACAAGCCGGCACUGAGGGGUGUUUGUUGUCUGAGUGUUGUUUUGUGGUAUUGCUGUCUCUCUGGAAUAAUAUUUCAACCUUACAGAAAGACAGAGAAGGUGUUGUAUGUGUAGCAUAUGGCUUUAUAAAUUAUUUAAUGUCAAAAGGGAGUCUUUAUAAAUCUUGCUGUUAUUUUUAAAGGCACUUUGCUCCUUGGUUUUAUUAUUCCAUUUUGCUAGUGUGUAUUAGCUUUAUAAAUCAUAAGGCACAAAAGUUCUUCCAUCUUGUAAUCUUUGUACUUUUGCAAUAGAAAAGAACAUAAAUUCUGCACAGACUUUUGUAUAUCUGAGUGCCUAGGCUUAGUGGUGACUUGCCAUGACUAGAUGGCAGUGAAGACCUCCAGCUAUGGUCUAACCUUGCCUCCAUCACCCUGGGACGGGUGAGAGUGGCCAGCACAGGGUCUGAGGCUUGCGGACUGACCACCCAGAGUCCAGUCACCCUGUAAUAAGUGUGUAUUGAAUGAGGCCGUUAGUGUGACUUUGAAAGGUUUAACUGAGGAAUGAUCAUGAAUCUGUAUAUAGGCAAUACUGGUUUAACAGUGAAAGAGGGGUGAGGGAAAGCGGUUUUUGUUUGUUUUAAUUGUAGAAAUGGAGGCAAAAAUCCAUGUCAAGAGAGACUAGCUACUUGGCUUUCAGAGCAGAGGACUCACAGCUUGUUUGACAGUGCCUCCAAAGUUGGGGUGGCACUUUAUGAGUGAGCAGGACCAUGUCCGUAGGCAAUCUGUAGCAAGAUUUUCUCAAAGCAGCACUGUGUUCUUUAGCAGUAGUGGAUGAGUGGGGGCACACAGUGAAGGGCCCACUUUCGGUGGCUGGGGAGGCCUGAGGACCACAGGCCAGCAGGAGCAUUCCCUCAUGCUCUCUUGUCCCUCUGGAUAGUCCCUCCUCGUUUCUGGUUCCAGCAGAGCCUGGUUUGCUGCGGGGGUAAUAGGGCUGCACUAGGUGGUGCAGACGUGUGCCUGUUGAUUAAUUUAAAUCUUAGGUUUUCUGUGCUGUUUUCCCAUUGCCUUUUAAAAUGUUUUGAUUAUCCUUUUCCUUAUCAAGAUGAUAGUAUAGUAGGGUCAUCUUACUUACAACAUGGUUUAUGAUCCAUAGCUACAAAGAGAAAAUAUAAGAAUUCAUAUUUCUCGGCCAGGUGGUGGUGGUGGCGCACGCCUUUAAUCCCAGCACUCGGGAAGCAGAGGCAGGUGGAUCUCUGUGAGUUCGAGGCCAGCCUGGUCUACAGAGCGAGAUCCAGGACAGGCACCAAAACUACACAGAGAAGCCCUGUCUUGAAAAACAAAACAAAACAAACAAAAAAAUUCAUGUUUCUCUACCUUGAAGUAAAUCUGUAUCUGUGUAUGGAGAAUCAGGGGCAUGGGCAGAGGGAGAGGGAAGGGGACCAGGCACAUUUUAAUACCUAAGCUAAAUGUCUAGCUCCUCACUGCCAGUUUCAUAGAGAGUCCAACUCAAUUCCCAAGAUAAUGUUUUCUAAGAUGGGGCAAAUGCUUUGAAAAACAGAAAUAGGUAUCUGUAUAGUGCAGCUUUUGAUAGUUGCUAUGCAUUUUAGAGUAACUUAGGGUUUUGUAUUAUAUGUUUGCCAAAUGCUUAGGUAAAUGGCCGGGCUCAUUCUUUUUCCUACACACCCUCCUGAGCACAGAGGAGGACAAAGGAUUGACUCUUGUGGAGCUUGUCAACUCUCUGGGUGUCUGAAUGUGGCAUUUUCAUAAAUUCAGGAGUAGCAGCCCUCCUGGCUGGAUUUUAGCAAGCAGCUAUAUAAUUUUGUAUCUGUUUGCAUUAUCCUACACUGAGACAGGAGUACAAAAUACAGUAUUUGGCCUUGGUGAACAUGUGCCAACAAGUAUUUAUUGGACAUUUAUUAGGUGGCUAGGAUAUGGCAUGGGGCCUAUGAGACUUGCUUUCUGCUGUCAUACAGCUUACUGCCUAAUUUCAACACCAGAGCAUCUGUUGAUGACUUCUUAGCCUAGGUGUGGGUGACAGACCUGUCUGGGGACCAGUUUUGGAGACAAUGUAGUGUAGCAGGGAAGUAAAGGACUGAGGAACAAAAAACCUGGGUCCUUUCUCUACCACUUGCUCUGUAGCCAGACGACACCUUGACUUCCUGAGCUGUAGGUUCUUGCUCUCUAUGAUGAAGGGGUUGGACUGUGCAGUUGGAUAGGGGAAAACGGGCAAAUUGUCAAGGUUCCAGACCAUGCCUAAUAGAUCUGAUUUCCUGUUGGAGGUAGGAAAUUUCAGCUCAAGCUCAGCAACAGAACCCAGUGUCCAGUGUGUAUGGAAUCAUAAGGUUGGAAGGCUUCAAAGACCCUUUCUCUUUCUGUGACUAUGGGGUCAAACAAUGCUGUUGUCUGUAGCAGUUAUUUUAUGUAAGUGUGCAGAAGUGGGUAUUGACUGUUUAUCUGUGUUUACAUGUGAACUUAUAUAAUAAGUGCAUUUGGUAUGUGUACCUCAGCCCUCUAUUCCUAUAGCGAUUAACAGUCUUUGGAAUAUAUGUAAGUCUUAGGGGAUAUUUGAUGGUACUUACUUGGAUAUUUCCUUCCACCCUAUUUCUAUAGAAAUAGAGGCUCUGGGAGCCAAAGAAAUAGACAAAACUCUCAUGCUGAAGGGAAAAAUCACUGAAUUUAUUUCUCUCUACUGCUUAAUAAUGUAAACAUUUAAAUUCAUGGGAAGAUUUUACCUGCACCCCCCCCCCCCACACACACACACUGGAUAACAGAUCUUCAUGUCAUAGCGUGUCUUCUUAGCGUAGGUAGCUCCUGAGGAGACCUGUGGCUGAAAACUGCCUCCUUGGGUUUGGUGAUUCCAGCCCCAGCCCCAGUUCUUCAUCAGUGAAAUGAUUGGUUAGCUCCGAAUGUAGCUGGGGGAGGUGGAGAAGAGGAUGUCAGGUGGAUACUAUGAACAAAAGGGUGGGAGGAGGCAGUGAACUGCCCGGCAUAGCAGAAGACAGGGCUGGCAUGACGGCAAGCUUCUGUGGCGCUGGGCAUUGGCCCUCUUGUCAAAGAUGUCAGAGUGUGGCUUCUUGUCAGGGAAUGAAGCCCCCGUGGGAGCUUUUGUCGGUUGUCUUACUGGGUGGGGGGCUGGCUGGAGGUGGGGGCAGGGCUAUGCUUUGUCUUAUUCUGAAGCCUGUAGGGUUUCUCUUUGUCCAGAUGUGGUGAGAGGCUGAGCAGCAGAGCUGGUCAGGAGUAGUGGGCAGUGGGGAAUGGGAUAAACCCUUGCUGCUGGCCUUAAAUGGCAGUGCUGUGCUCACGAGUACCGCGGGGUCCUGACCUCUGUCCUGGCAGCUGUGGUUCCGUCUCAUCACAUUUUAGUUCGCAUUUUCUUCCUAGCAGACUUGAGGGAGAAGGGCUGUUGAUGCAGGGAUGAUCCUUCCAGGCACCACGGGCCUCCCUCCGCACAGUUCUCUUGUGCUUUUAAAUACUGUUGACUUUCACUAGUUAUUUAUUCCAAAGGGAUUAGACUGGAGACACAGCUGUCUUUGGUUUCAUAUUAUGAAAUAGCCUUGUGCUGCGGAAUGUUAACUCUGGAGAGUUGCCCUCAUACCGGAAGCAUUCAUUUAAUAAAAUCCCACUGGCACUCCCUAGGGGGGUAUGGUUAUUAUCAGGCUGACCCAAAGGAACACAUUUUGUAUUCCAUUUCCUUUUCUGGUAUCAUGUUCAACAUUUUUUUUGCCUGAAGAACAUCCUUUUGUUUAUGAAAACAUGAGUAACAUUGCAUAAAACAGUCCCUUACUCUCAGAAUGCUCCGAUUUAGCCUUAAUUUUGUUAAACUUAGAGAUGAAUGAAGUGCUGCUGUGGAAAGAAAUGUACCAUGUACUAUUUCUGUAUCAUUAAAAUACAGUUUUUAUGGUU